AUGGACGAUCAAAAAAAUAGAGCCCAUCACAAGUCGAAGGAGAAGAAGAAAUACGAAGGGCAAAAUCCUAAAGCCUUUGCUUUUUCCAAUCCCGGCAAGGGCAAAAGACAGGCUGCGAGGUCUCAUGAGCUCAAAGAGAAACGCUUGCAUGUACCUCUCGUCGACCGCCUCCCGGAGGAGGCGCCUCCAAUCGUUGUGACGGUCGUCGGACCCCCGGGAGUCGGCAAGACAACUCUGAUCAAGUCUCUGAUCAGACGGUACUCGAAACAAACAUUAAGCUCCCCGACGGGCCCUCUUACGGUAGUUACUUCAAAGCGCCGACGCCUAACGUUCCUGGAGUGUCCCUCGGAUUCAUUGGCGAGCAUGGUUGAUGUUGCCAAGGUUGCAGAUAUUGUCUUGCUGAUGAUCGAUGGCAAUUAUGGGUUCGAGAUGGAAACUAUGGAGUUUUUAAACGUGCUGUCUUCUAGCGGUAUGCCCGGAAAUGUAUUCGGCAUUCUCACCCAUCUUGAUUUAUUCAAGAAACAGAGCACAUUACGUACGGCCAAGAAGCGACUCAAGCAUCGUUUCUGGAGUGAGUUAUAUCAGGGCGCAAAACUAUUUUAUCUAUCCGGAGUUGUCAAUGGCCGUUACCCGGACCGAGAAAUUCACAAUCUAUCCCGAUUUCUUUCCGUGAUGAAGAACCCCCGCCCUCUUGUUUGGCGGAAUUCGCAUCCUUAUGCUCUCGCCGAUAGAUUUCUUGAUAUCACCCCACCUACUGAGAUCGAAGAAAAUGAGAAAUGCGACCGCACUGUGGCCUUGUACGGAUAUCUACGAGGAACCAACUUUCCUGCACAGGGCGCCCGCGUCCAUGUUCCUGGUGUUGGCGAUCUUGCAGUAUCUGCGAUUGAGGCUUUGCCCGACCCUUGUCCUACACCUUAUAUGGAUCAGCAAAUAGCAAAGGCGACAGGCAAGGGUGGAAGGAAGAGAUUGGGCGAAAAACAAAAAUUGCUGUUUGCUCCCAUGUCGGAUGUGGGCGGUGUCUUGAUAGACAAAGAUGCUGUCUACAUCGAUGUCAAAUCCGCAACGUUCAAUAAAGAGGAUGAUGAAGACGACGAGGAUGAUGAGGACAGAGGAUUAGGGGAACAGCUCGUCAUGGGUCUGCAAAACGAACGCAAGCUACUCGGAGAGGCUAACGAUGGUCUUCAGCUGUUCAAAGGAGGUGAAUCGAUCUCGAAGAGAGAUGCCGAAAGAGACAGUGGGCGGAAAGAAAGGCGGCAUGUUCGGGCUAUGGAUGAUAGCGGUUUUGUGUCUGAAGACGAGGACGAGGGCUUUGCAAGCGGAGAUGCAGAUGGAGAUAGCGAAGACGAAAUUGAAGAAAUUUCAGGUGAUGAUGGUUCUGACCAAGAUGAUGAAGAAGAUGCAGAGGAGGCUCCCUCGGACUUCUCCCGACAAUUCCGCGAAAAACACGAUGGCGAAGUCAAAGGUCAAGACGGGGACAUCGCGUUCGCAGACAGCGAUUCAGAUCUCGGCUCGAUAUCGUCUGUGGAAAAUCAAGAGUUUGACGAUUCGGAUGAAGAUGAGGAGGAAUUGGAAGAUGACGAGGACGGCGCAUUUAGGUGGAAGGAAAACUUGUUGGAUAACGCCAAAGCUCUUCACAGCAAAAAGCCCAAGUAUCGCAUCAUCGAUCUUACUCGCAUGCUCUAUGAUGAUUCGAUUUCCCCUGCUGAAGUAAUAACCAGGUGGAGGGGUGAAGAUUACGAAGAAAAUCUAGAGGAUGAGGAUGCGGAUGAUGAUGAUUUCUUCAAAAAGACCAAUGCUGAAAAGGAAGAAGAGUGGGACGAUCGAACUAUUCCUGACUUCAAUUAUGAAGAACUGGAGAAAAAGUGGUCAGACGAAGAUGCCGUGGAAGCUCUGCGACGACGAUUUGUUACAGCCAGGCUGGCCCACAAUGGAAGUGAUGAGGAGGAUGAGGAGGAUGAGGAUGGCUCGGGGGACGGGAUGUCUGACGAGGGUGACGGUGCAUUUGAGGAUCUUGAAACUGGCGAGGUGUUCAAUGGGUUCGACGAGAGUGGCGACCAGGACGCAGAAAGCGACGCAGAAAAGGAAGCUGAAGGUUCUGUUGACCUCGAAGCCGAGCGCAAACGCAAUGCAAAGAAAAAAGAAGAGCUCAGACUGCGAUUUGAGGAAGAAGACCGGGAAGGAUUUGCGUCCGCCAGAAAUGGAGAACGAAAGGAGGGUGAAGAGGAACGCGAAUUUGGAGAAGAUGAUUGGUAUGAUGCUCAAAAAGCACAUUUGCAAAAGCAACUCGACAUCAAUCGCGCCGAAUUCGAAUCGCUCGAUGCAAUUUCUCGUGCUCGCGCCGAAGGCUUCCGAGCUGGUACUUACGCACGCAUUGUGUUGGAGAAAGUGCCAUGUGAAUUUUCUACCAAGUUUAAUCCUCGUUUCCCGGUCAUUGUUGGUGGUUUGGCUCCGACAGAGGAGCGUUUCGGCUAUGUACAAGUGCGCAUCAAACGACACCGAUGGCACAAGAAGAUUCUCAAGACCAAUGAUCCGCUUAUUUUCUCUCUCGGUUGGCGCCGCUUCCAAAGUCUACCCAUCUACAGCAUAUCCGACUCACGUACCCGCAACCGCAUGUUGAAGUAUACACCAGAGCACAUGCACUGUUUCGGAACAUUCUAUGGACCUUUAGUUGCUCCCAAUACUGGCUUCUGUUGUGUCCAGUCAUUCUCGAAUAAACUUCCAGGGUUCCGAAUCGCUGCCACCGGUGUUGUUUUAAACGUCGACGAGAAUACGGAGAUUGUGAAGAAACUCAAACUUACCGGUUAUCCAUACAAAAUCUUCCGGAACACUGCUUUCAUUCGUGACAUGUUCAAUUCCUCUUUGGAGAUUGCCAAAUUCGAGGGGGCUUCCAUUCGCACAGUGUCGGGCAUUCGCGGUCAAAUCAAAAGGGCCCUCAGCAAACCUGAAGGACAUUUCCGAGCAACUUUUGAAGACAAGAUUUUGAUGAGUGAUAUCGUCUUCCUCCGUGCCUGGUAUCCUAUUAAGCCUCAUCGGUUCUAUAAUCCCGUCACAAACCUACUGGAUCUUGAUGAGAGUGCAUCCGAUGAGAACGGGUGGCAGGGUAUGCGAUUGACCGGCGAAGUUCGCAGAGCCGAGGGAAUUCCAACACCCCUCGAAAAGGACUCCAAAUACCGUCCCAUUGAACGACCAACGCGCCAUUUCAACCCUCUUCGUGUACCCCGGCAGCUGGCAAAGGAGUUGCCUUUCAAAUCUCAAAUUACGCAAAUGCGGCCCCGCAAGGAGCAGACUUAUAUGCAGAAGCGGGCUGUUGUCCUAGGCGGGGAAGAGAAGAAAGCACGAGAGCUGAUGCAGAAACUCAGCACUCUGAACAAUGAGAAACGGGCCAAACGAGCUGCGGCACAAGAGGAGCGGCGAAAGGGCUACCGAGCCAAAGUGGCGGAAAAUCUGGCCAAGAAGGCUGAGCGCGAGAAGCGGGAAAAGAGCGAGUAUUGGAGACAAGAGGGCAAGAAACGAAAAAACACCGAAGGAGAUUCCGGUGGUGGUGGUAAGAAACGCAAGUGA